GCAGGAGCUCAAAACCGUUAAUAAACUGUGUAAUAAAUAUAAAUAAAGCACUACUCUUAUUCAACAAUGUCCUCUUUACUAAUUGGUUCAUUGCUUAUUCUCACCGCAAUUUUUCACGGUGGACACGCUAUACUUGAUGGAUUUGCGGCUUAUCAAUAUGUUGCGUACAUGGCCCAGAUAACAAAAGUAUACCCUGUGUGUGCAGGUACUAUUAUAAGUACGACGCACAUCCUUACCAGUGCCCAAUGCAUUUAUAAUUAUGAUCCCAGCGAGUUAACGAUAAUUGCUAGAGAUAGUCAAAUCAUCCUUCUGAAGUUCAUUAUUAUACAUCCAAAAUACAGGCCAUUUCACGGACAGACUUCUACCGAUUAUUAUUCGGAAAGUGAUAAUGUUGCCGUCAUUAAGUUACAGAGAGACAUAAUACUCCACCACCGUGUUAAGGUAUUGAAGGUGGUAGACGACGAAAUUCGACCAAACUAUGCGCUUUGCAGCAUUGCCGGACCAGGCCAGACUCAGAUGAAUGCUCCAUAUUCCCCAUAUAACGGUUGGAAUUGGUCUUACCUAGAGAUCCUACCAGCUGCCCGUUGCGAGCAAUUACUCAGAAAACAUAGACCAGAAGAAUUUUGCGCGAAUGCAUUCAUGAACAGGCUCCCAUUCAAGGGAGACGAGGGCAGCUCAUUGGUGUGUGAUGGACAACUAGUUGGUAUAUAUACUGCUCCCUUCGAUAGCGAGAUGGAGAAGCCUUACUUUACACAACUUCCAGUUAUUUUUAUGAAGGUUUCCGCAUAUUAUUCCUUCAUUACUUCAGCCAUGGAAAUCAGUGAGAUUGAAAAAUUUGAUGAAACAUUUCUUUGGCAACUCAACUCAACUCAGCGGCCAACCGAAUAAAAUUAUAGCUUAACAUUAUUUUCAGAUUAUGGUAUACCUAUUUUGAUUGGUCACUUAAUUGUUCACUUAAUCGAUCGUCUUGUGACUAAUAAUUACACUUGUACUCUUUAUGGUCUUGAUGAUCUUCUAUAAUAGGUAGUUGAUGAAAAUUUAGGUGAAAGAGUUGAGUGAUAGCUGAUCAGAAAUGCCAUGAAUGCUUCACGGGUUUCCGGAGUAUAAUUAAACUGAAAUCAACAGCUUCCAUUUUUUUCGCGACGUUAUAAAUUGUUAAUGUUAAAUAAUACUCAGAGAUUUAGUAUGAAAUUUUUCGUAGUAUUUAAAAAAUCAAGCGACGCAUAUCAAAUCAAAUCGAUUCAAAUCGACUGAUUGCCUUCACGAAUAAUUAGAGCUGUAGUGCUCAAAAUUAAUGACAACAUAUACCGAUGUCAUGUAUAUAUAUAUUUUAUAUAGAUAGACCGAUAAACUGAUUUCAUUUCUCUAUCCAACAUAAAAUUUGAUAUUAUAAUUUCUGUUCAUUAUUAUUAGUUUAUUCCGAAAACAGUGACACGGAAGUUUUCCGGAAGAACACAGAAAUUUGUAUUUUCACACUCGAACGAUACAUUUUCG